AUGUCUGGUCGUGGAAAGGGUGGCAAAGUCAAGGGAAAGGCGAAGUCCCGUUCGAACAGGGCGGGAUUGCAGUUCCCCGUUGGUCGUAUUCACCGAUUGCUGAGGAAAGGAAAUUACGCUGAACGCGUCGGCGCCGGUGCACCGGUCUACUUGGCUGCAGUCAUGGAAUACCUGGCCGCUGAAGUAUUGGAGUUGGCUGGCAACGCCGCCCGUGACAACAAGAAGACUAGGAUCAUCCCUCGUCACCUGCAACUCGCCAUCCGCAAUGACGAGGAGUUGAACAAGCUGUUGUCCGGCGUGACCAUUGCCCAAGGUGGUGUUUUGCCGAACAUCCAGGCCGUAUUGCUACCUAAGAAGACCGAAAAGAAAGCAUAA